AUGUCCAGGGUUCAGGGUCUUGAUCGCAAACGGCUCUCUUGCGCUAGACUCUGUUUCACUGCCUUGCUGCUACGCAACACUGGAGUCUCGCAUGGCGCCCUGAGGGUGGCGGUCCAACGUUGGAGCGACCAUUGCCUCCAGCGACGGGCCAGGGGCGUGGAAAGCUUCCGGACGCGAGUCGCGUGGCGCCCGUCUGCACUUGUGAACGCUGCUCCCGUCUGUAGGGUCUUUUCAAGCCAUGGAGAAGGUUGUGAAGCGGGAUCAGCUCCUUCUGCACAGCCGGAGCGGGACGGGCUCCUCGAACGGUGUCAGCAGGGCCGCCUGCUAUCAACGCCGCAGAAGAGACGCCUCAGUCAGCUGUGUGACUUGCUUCUAGAACGAAAUCGCCAUGUAAAUCUAACCGCAAUCCGCACUGAACCGGAAGUAUACGAGAAACACUUUGUAGACUCUUUGCGGUUUGUCGAUAUCAUCGAAACGCUAUGCGCUGGAGUGUCUGGUGAGCGUCCCAGGUUAGCAGCACCCAAUCAUUUUCGACUACUGGACCUCGGUUCGGGGGGUGGUUUCCCAGGACUAGUCCUGGGGAUUGCACGACCCAGCUGGGAGUUCGUCCUGCUUGAUGCUACGCGCAAGAAAUGUGACUGGCUUCGUGAGGCUGUCGAGGCGCUCCAGUUAUCCAACGUGAGCGUCAUUUGGGACCGCGCGGAGCUGGCAGCACACAAACCCGCCCUGCGAGAAGCAUUCGAUUGUGUGGUGGCUCGUGCAGUGGCCCGACUUCCGGCACUCUCAGAGCUUGCCUUGCCCUUUGUACGCAUUGGUGGAUAUUUCUUGGCCGCCAAGGAGUAUCGCCGCGAGGCAUCGACCGUUGGAGACGUUCACUGGCCGGAACUCGCGUCUGCAAUGCGUUCGAUAGAGGCGAACGGCGGACGCUAUAUGCGUACUGUCGCCACAGACACGGACGGUGCUCCAACUGCCUGCAGUACGGAUAUGGACGACCAUCGACGGGUUAUCGUGAUCGUGCACAAGCAGCAUCCAACACCGAGCAUGUAUCCGCGAGCGCCGGGAGUUCCAGAACGAAAGCCCUUGUAG